GUAAAAUCCCUAAAUACAAUUUCGAAGGUUAAUCUCUCUCUGUUACUGGGCGGGGACGUUAUUGGGCAUUUGUCUCUCUUCCCUAAUUUUUCUCUUGAAUACAAGGACUUUUAACUUUGCGAGAUCUACCUGUAACUGAAUUUCGCAGCAAAAUCUCUGUAUUGGCGCGGCGAAGAAAGUUGGCUUUAUUGUUGAUUUGUGAAAGAAUCUGUUUAUUGGAUCUGGAUUUUCGAUUAAUUAGUAUUCUGAGCUGAAUUAAAUGGAGGAUGAGAAGAAGAAGAAGAGAAAUAAGAAAAAGAAAAACAAACAGACCAAAGAUGUUGCAGUUACAAGUGGAGAAUCUGCGAAUGAGAAUCAUGUGAAUAAUGGGAAAAGUGAUCACAUCCAAGCUUCUGAGUCAGCUGAAGCUCAAAAUGGGGUUGCAGUUGACACUGAUUUGAAUAUCAAUGGGCAUCAGCCUAAUGUGACUGAAGGCUCCAUCUUAGCUGACGCCGAGGAACGACUCUGGAUGCAGAGGGAGGCUGACUUGGAAGAUACAGUCAAACAAUUACAAUAUGAAAAUGAUUCACAUGUACGAAAGGAGAAUGCCUUGGAAGAGACUAUCCAGGACUUACGAAAUGAAAUUGGCUUACACAUAGAACGAGAGGCAGCCUUUGAGGAGACGAUCAAACAAUUACAGAAUGAAACUGAUUCACACAGAGAAAAAGAGGUUGAGAUACAGAUGAAAGCUGUACAAUUACAGAGCGAGAAAGAUCUGUGGCUUCAAAAAGAGGUAAGCUUGGAAGAAGAACUUAAGCAAUUUGAAAGGGAGAAAGAUUCCUGGAUUGUAACAGAGAAUACAGCAAAAGAAACAACUGCUAACCUGAAUCGUGAAAAUACAAGACUACGGAUGCAGGUAGUGGAGUUGGAAGAAUUCAAGGGCAGCCUGUUACGGGAAAAGGAACAGCUGUUAGAGAACUUAUCUGCUUUGCAGUUUCAGGUUCAAAACCUUGAGAGGAGCAUCUCCUCUGCUCACUCAUCAAAUGAACUUUCAAAGUAUAUUUCCGAGAAUAAGGACUUGAAUGCUCAGGUAGAAGCCGCAAGUACAUUGGUUGAGAAAUUGAUCACAGAAAAUGCAGAUCUUGUUGAGAAGGUGAAUGAAUUGUACGUUGAGCUUGAACGACGAAAGCUGACUGCUGAGCAUCCUUCAGCCUCUGGAAGCAAACCAACCCUCGAGAUCUGGCCUCCCUCGGCUGGUCUCAUUUCUGAAUCUCAUAUGAAUACACCUGAUUUGGACCAGAAGUUGAACUCUACUGAAGUGGUACCAAUAAAAGACGAGAGAAUUGGCAUUGAUAAUGUGAAUAUGUAUACUGCUGCUGUUACUCCAAACUCUUUAGAAGCUGAGGAUUCUGGAGAAAUAGUUCAAAUUCCAUUGGAUGAUUAUGAAGUUCAGGACUUGGAGUCACAGGUCGUGGAGAGUGAUGGCAAGGCAGAAGUGCCACUCUCAGAUUCUCCACUUAUUGGUGCUCCCUUCCGGUUGAUGUCUUUUGUUGCUAAAUACGUUAGUGGUGCUGACUUGGUUAGCAAGAACUGAGGACCUUAGCUUAGCAUACACAGCAUAUAGUUUUAAACUACAGAAGAAUGGGGGAAUUGUGCCCUUGACAUUUUUUACAUGCAUUAUUUCAUGUGGAUAGAGUCUAGAUAUUGGAAAAACAGAUUGCUCCUUUGCAUUCCAAAUUACCCAAGUUUUUGUGAGA